AUGUGCUCGGGAGAGGAAGCAGCGCAGGGUGACGAGGAGGCUUCCAGAAAAAGGCUUGCAAAACCGCCACCGCGAGGAUGGUGGGGCGGGGAGCUGUUCACCGCCCAGCCCGCGGCCCGGCAGGCGGGAGAGGGCGGCGGUGCCCCGCCGGCCCGGGCCGGCCCCACACUCGGCCCCGGGCACCUGACGGCGACUCCGGGGGGUCGGGAGCCUCUGUCCGCAGGCCCCCGCCUUGACCUCGCGACGGCCACGGAAGCCCACCGCUCCGAGGGGCCGGGAACCAGCCCAGCCGGCCCGCAGGGCCACCUCAGCGUUCGCCGGCUAGCUGCAGCCCAGGCUCCGGAACUCUGCUGCCGAGCCUGGGUAGAAAGCGGCCUGGACUCAGGGCCCCCUCCCUGGCUGCCCACGGGCCCCUCCGGCGGCGCCCGGGCUCUCGGGCCUCCAAGCCCUUGGGCUCUGGAGACGGAGCUCCGCAGGGUGUGGCGCCUCCCGCUGCGCACCUGGGAGCCGCACAGAGAACUAUUUCCACAGAGAAUAGCUGGGUCAAAGCCCUCCGCCGGCCCUCCUCCCGGCCUGGCCGCGCUCAGGUGCAAGGCCCGGGCCAGAGGGGACGCUGCGGCCCCACGGCUGGCGCGCUGUGCCGAAAGCCAGCAGCCGGAGCCCCCGGUGCCGGGACUGCCCGGAGCGCUUCCGGCGCGGCGCUUCCGGCGCGGCGCUUCCGGCGCGGCGCUUCCCGGCGCGGCGCUUCCGGCGCGGCGCUUCCGGCGGCGGCGCUUCCGGCGCGGCGCUUCCGGCGCGGUGCUUCCGGCGCGGCGCUUCCGGCGCGGCGCUUCCGGCGCGGCGCUUCCGGCGCGGCGCUUCCGGCGCGGCGCUUCCGGCGCGGCGCUCCCGGCGGCGCGGUCCCGGGCGCAGGGCGGCGCCGCGCUCCAGCGAGCCCUCGGGCGGCUCGGCCCGGCCCGCGGGCUGCGGCCGAGCCCGGCGCGGGCCCCGCCCCCGGCCGCGAGGCGGCGAGGCCCAAGCUGCGGGGGCUUCGAGUUCUGGAGCCGCACGCUGCGGGGCGCCCGGCACGUGGUGGCGCCCAUGGUGGACCAGAGCGAGCUGGCCUGGCGGCUGCUGAGCCGCCGCCACGGGGCGCAGCUCUGCUACACGCCCAUGCUGCGCCAGGUCUUCGUCCGCGACGCCAACUACCGCAGGGAGAACCUGUACUGCGAGGCGUGCCCCGAGGACCGGCCCCUCAUCGUGCAGUUCUGUGCCAACGAUCCCGAGGUGUUUGUCCAGGCGGCUCUCCUGGCUCAGGAUUACUGCGACGCUAUCGACUUGAACUUGGGCUGCCCACAGAUGAUAGCUAAGAGGGGUCACUACGGUGCCUUCCUGCAGGAGGAGUGGGACCUGCUCCAGAGAAUGAUUCUGCUGGCCCAUGAGAGACUGUCCGUUCCCGUCACCUGCAAAAUCCGUGUCUUCCCAGAGAUUGACAAGACUGUGAGGUACGCGCAGAUGCUGGAAGAGGCUGGCUGCCAGCUGCUGACGGUGCACGGCCGCACCAAGGAGCAGAAGGGGCCCCUGGCGGGGGCAGCGUCCUGGGAGCACAUCAAGGCUGUGAGGAAGGCCGUGUCCAUCCCCGUCUUUGCCAACGGGAACAUCCGGAGUCUGCAGGACGUGGAGCGGUGCAUUCAGGACACGGGCGUGCAGGGGGUCAUGAGUGCGGAGGGUCACCUGCACAACCCCGCCCUGUUUGAGGGCCGGAGCCCUGCCGUGUGGGAGCUGGCCGAGGAGUACCUGGACAUCGUCCGGCAGCACCCCUGCCCGCUGUCCUACGUCCGCGCCCACCUCUUCAAGCUGUGGCACCACACGCUGCAGGUGCACCAGCAGCUCCGCGAAGAGCUGGCCAAGGUGAAGACCCUGGAGGGCGUGGCCGCCGUGAACCGAGCACUCAAGCUGCGCUGCCAGGAGGACAUGGGCGCCACGGGCGACGGAGCCGGCCCCGCCGGAGACCUGCCCUUCUCCCACUGGAUCUGCCAGCCCUGCGUGCGGCCAGGGCCCAGGGAAGGGGGCGGGGAGAAUGGCGGUGGCCGCAGCAAGCGCGCUCUGGAGGAGGAGGUGGGCGCUGUGGAAAGCCUGUCCAAGAACAAGCAGAAGAAGCAGCUGCGGAACCCCCAUAAGACCUUCGACCCUUCUCUGAAACCAAAGUAUGCAAAGUGUGAUCAGUGUGGAAACCCAAAGGGUAACCGGUGCGUGUUCAACCUGUGCCGGGGCUGCUGCAAGAAGCGGGCCUUCCGGGAGACCGCGGACUGUCCAGGUCACGGGCUGCUUUUUAAAACCAAGUUGGAGAAGUCGCUGGCCUGGAAAGGGACUCCGCCGGGGCUGCAGGAGCCUCCGCAGGUGGGAUCUGGGGCGCCGGGUGGCUACGCGGAAGCCGUGGGCAGUGCCCUGGCCUGAGGGACCAGCAGGCGCCACCCCCAACCCGGGACAGCUGUGCAAGCUGGACACUGACGUUAAGAAGAAACGCCUUUUCUCAGGGAAAUUCCCACUGACACGAAAGGACACGCCGCAGCCCUCUGGCCCAUGCUGGGGCCCCGCGGUGCUGCGCCAGGGGCGGGGGUGGGGCGGCCCAGGCCGGACCUGCCCUGUCCUCAAGAGCCAACAAUAAACCAUCU